AUCAGCUGUACAGUAUAUACUCAGAGAAGGAGGAUAACAGGGCAGAACAUCAUUCCUGCUCGCUCUGGGGAUAAAAGUGAUGGCGUCGAUGUUGUGGGAAAGUUCUCUGCAGGAGAAAUCAAGCGAUCUUCAUGAGGACACAUGGCACAUUACCAUCGACGACUCUAUUGAGCCACACGGACAGGCUCGGGGCUGGUACCAAUACAUUUCUGGAUCCUUCGCAAGGUUCAGGUGUUCCCUGUGUAGACGAGACUGGGUGUCUAAAAGAGUGCAGGUGGUGUUUCAUUUCCACCUGAACACAGCGAAAGGACAAGGAACCGUUAAACUGCGACGCUUCAAACAGAAGUGCAGGCGAUGCAACGAAGCUCGAAUGGAGGAUCCGAACUUCGCAGUGGAAAACAUCGAUGUGCUGAUCGAGAGACUUGUUGAGAAGAUCCGCAUGAGAUGCUACAGCGAAAACCUGGGAGAGAAUAACAGGCCCUCGGUGUUCAGCGGCAGAGUUAACGGCCCGCAUGAAAGCGAACACUGUGAAGCCUGUCGACUCGCCAUCUGCAGUCAGGCCAACUGAGAAUGACUCCAUCGAUACUUUAAUUUAUCGAUAAUUUAUUAAAUGAACUUGUUUCCCUGAUGAUGAUGUAUGCAAUAU